GAACUUCCUUCACUUUAAAUCUGUUACAUUCGCCCUUUCGUAACCAAUUACUAUCGAGUGGUCUAGCACCCACAUAAUGUAAACCGUAUCUCUGGGAGAGUUUUCAGUUAAAGCUGUCUUAGAUUUACUCCUAUCACCUAAUAUCGCCCAAAUUGUCUUCUAGCUAUCGGUAAAUAUAUUAAGAGCUUUGGGCGCCAUAUUUUUUCUAAACCAAUUAACACAUUCCGUUAUUGACCGGAACUUUUCCUGCUGGCAUUCGCUCUAGUUUUUCGCUUGACCAAGACAUUAUAUCUGGGAUCAGUGUUUUUAAAGUUUCUCACAUAUUUUGUAUCUGGUAUGCGAUCAGACACUACCAAUGAUUGUGUAUAACCUUCCAAUGUAUCCAGUAUACAUUGAUGACCUAUAACCGCUUUUUAUCCAGUUCGCCUAAAGUUAAGAACCAUUCGGCUGUAAACGCCGCCUCAUAUCAUAAAAAUGUUUCAGAGGGUGGAAUAUCAGCAACGUUUCCAGAUCUUUGGUUGAAGUAGGCAAAACUUAUACCCAAGCAGCAUGUACGCUGAACGCCCUGUAGUAGUUUGAUUUUACACUUUUUGUUCAAAGCCUUCCACCAGAUUUUUACAACACAAGCACUUUUAUAAAACCAAUUUGUCAUAGUAUGACUAAGACCCCAUUUCAUGCCUAUAGUUCUCCUACAUAUCGCGCAGCACCGAUGUGCUUUGUUGAUCCUAUCCUCUAUGUGGUGUCUCCGUUUUAAUUUUCGAUCGAGGAUUACACGUAAGUACUUAACUUUGUCUGUCACCGUUAUCUUCUCGCCCAGAAAGAUUUUCGUCUUCGCAGGUUUAACAUUGAGGCCUCUCGGUUGAGUCGAGUAAAAGGUCGUAUUGAAAACAUCCUAAGUUCUUCUACACAAGUAAUUUGGAUCCUUUCCCUUUAAAAGUAUUACGACAGGUCUAAGCCCUGUCUCAGUUAGGGUCCUUAGGAGACUAUUAAUCGUGGUAACCCAGAGUAAAGGUGACAAAAUGUUACCUUGUGGUAUAGUAAUAAUAUGUUCUUGUCUAAUAUCUGAUCAAUAGUUUACUCUAAUCUUUAGGCCAGUCUAUUCCAUAGUCUAAUCUAAUGUCUAAUCUAUACUUUACAGUCUAGACUAUAGGAUUUAACAGUCCAUGUUAGAAUUAUGUAUAAUAACAGUUAAUUGUUAACCUAGGUAACGCUUUCAACUUUUUGCCAUUACUAUGGCAGCCCAAAUAGAAACCUUUUAGAAAAGAUUGUUCGAUAGCAGUACGAUAGAAAAACUAAAGUUGUUAUUUAGCAACCAUUUACACAGUUAUACUUUAUACUUUCCAUUCUCUGUCCAAAAACUUUAAAUAUCGGUUUUAAAUAAAAUAUAUUUUCAAAUUUUUACAAUAUUUUUCAUCACGAGAAAACUAUUUAGAAAAAAUGCCCUGUUUCUCGGCCUAUAAUAGACGUUCGUAUGAACCAUUGUUGGGUGAUAGACCUGUACGUAGAGCUAAAACUGCUGGCCCCUCAGGUGAUUAUAGUUCGCCAGGAGUUCAAAAGGAGCCUGCGUUAAGAAACGGUAAUGCCGUAAAGAGAAAUCGUUUUAAGAUAGAGAAAAAAGUUGCGCUACCAGUGCAGGAGUUUAAUCGUUUAAAAUCGGCUGCUAAAGUUGUAACACUCGAGGACCGUUUGAAUGCUCUUAUGUUGAGGGAGCAGGAAAUGAAACGUUUGGAAGAGGAAACCGAACGUACCAAACAAUAUUUCAAGCAAAUCGAUGAGGCACGUAAAAAAAAGGAAGAAGAGUUAAGCAGGGGCUUAGAGGGGCAAGAACCUAAUGAAAAGCUUAAGGUUUUGGAAAGAGCUUUCUUGGCCAAACACGAACAGGAGGAGGAGGUGAAAAAAGCCAAUCGUAUUAUAUUGGAUGCCAAAUGUCAUGCGGUACGUGAUGCUCAGGUGCAAGAGAAAUAUGAGCUACAAAAAGAAUUGAGAAAAGAUGAGCAACGUUUGGAGAAACAAGUUAUUGAUCGUGCUAAGAAGGCUUUAAGUGAAGAAGAUGCUAAAUAUGAAAGACUACAUGAGGAGAAGCAAAAAUAUGCCCAUGAGAUUAAGAAACAAUUAAAUGAAAGAGAAAAUGCUAGAUUUUUAGAAGCAGAACGCAUAGAAGAGGAAGCUAUUAUGUUGCGCAAAGCCAAUGAAGUUAUUAAGAGAGAUGAUGAAAGACAAGCGAAAUUGGCUAAAGAGAGACGUUUAAAAUAUCGCGAUGACUUGGCCAAAGUGGUGGAAAUGUCAACCACUUUCAGGCGCAUGCUGUGCGAACAAGAACGUGAGGCAGAAAUGAGAAUAGCGGCCUAUAUGAGAGCCAAAGAAGAACGCAUGAAAGCCUUACAGGCUGAACAAAAGUUAGCGAAAGAAGAGCUGGAACGCAAGCAACAACGUAUUUAUAAUUUGGCAGAGAAAAUCUUACAAUCAAAAUCCGAUCGUGAGGAGAUGUCUUACCUCAGAGAACAGGAGAGAAUUGAGAGAGAAUAUCGUCGCAAAGAAAAAGAGGCUGCCGUGCGUAAAAAACAAAUCGAAAAAGAAUUGGCCGAGGCUCGAGAACGUCAAAUGCAAGAGACCAAACAUCGUCAGGCAUUACAAAUCGCCAGAGCCGAACAGGAGUUCAAUACUCUCAUCGAAACGUUAAAAGAAGCCGAAGCUAAGCAAAAACGCGAAGAUGAACUGAGGGAAUGUCGACGUAAAUGUUAUCGUCGUGAUAUUAUCCAACAAAUCGGUGAUAAUGAAAUGAAACGUCGCAGUUUACAGGAAUUAGAAAAGAAUCAAGCAUCAGCUUGGCGUGAAAGUGAACGACAACGUGAUGCUAAUAUAAGAGCGGUAAUAACGGCUAAGUUAAAUGCUAUGCGAGAAGCAUGUUUACCCGAUAAAUACAUAAAGGAUGUGGAAAAACAAUUAUCUAGAAUAGUGGGCAAAGAUAAGACACUACCUAAGUUGGUUUCCUAAGCAUAUAGAAUCAAGUAUUUUGGGCAAAAUUUCUAAAUCGAUUCAGGAAUUCAGAAACUGUUUUUGGACUUAUUGAAUUAGAAGUUUUAGAUAAAAUUUACAUUUUUGCAAAAUUUUGAAUUAAACUUUUGCUCGAAUCCAAAAGUUCUGCUUUUAAUUUUACUUAUUCUAUGUGCAAUUAGCAUUUGAAUACUAUUCGAGAGAUUGCACUUAAUAAAAUUUAUAUAUUUUACAAUAAUAAAAAUGCACUUUUAACAAAAAUUUGAAGAAAAAUGUUUUUGAUUAAACCA